AUGGAUCCCAGCGCACUCCGGCCCCAUGACGAGUCAGGACGCGAGCUGCCGCAGCUCUCCCUCCGUAUCGCACCUCUCCGCGAACCAGUAUCAUCACGGACGCUCAGUGUCCCCUCGCCGCUGGAACCCAAUGCCAGCAGAGCCCACGACUCCAACAGCAUCUCCAAGGCACCAGCAGCGAGCGGAAACGCCCCAGCAAAUGCCAAAAACGAGGAGCUGCCAACUGUGACCGAGUUUCUCAAUGCGGCGCGGCGUAAGAAGACCGAUGCUGCCACGGCCGAGUCCCAGUCGAGCGUGGAGCGGUUGCCGAAGCCCAUCCUGCCAGCUUUUGUAAAUCUUCGGGCUCUAGAACGCUUUCCGUUCUCCUCGUCGUUUGAUGACGAUGCGCGCAAUGGGUCUCGCAAGCGUCGUCGCUUGGACCCGCAGGUAGACUCUUUCAGCGAGCACUUGCAGCUGCCGAUUCCUCAGACCCAGAAGGAGCAGCGCCCCCCGCCGUUCGGGCCGUUUGCUAUUCUGAAUGGGCUGAAUGAGCCUCCGCCUAAUGCGGCACUUCUUCCGCCCAUUGAAGCAGGCUCUAUGACUCAGCUUCUCUCGAAGCCUUCUAGAAACGACGCUGCUGCAGAUCCCAGCAACUCGGACUCUAAUACUGCCGGUCUAGUGGAUGUUCAGCCUGCGGAGAGGAGAGAGGCAAGAAUAGACGAGAUCCUCGACUCUACACUCGAUGACAACGGUGAUGAAGAUCACGAUGAUGAUGGGUCCGAGAAAACGAAUUUACUGGAUAGUCCAAGUGGCCCAAUACCGCGCGAGAAGCGCUUGGGGGGGAGCAAACUCACGAAAUAUUUAGCGGAGGGCGAUGCGCCUCUGUCGCCCAAAACCCGUGGCCGGUCGCGCAAGAAUUUGAGAAAAUGGACCGAAGAGGAAACGACAGCUUUGCUGCGGGGCGUGGUCAAGUGCGGGAUCGGGAACUGGAAGGCCAUUCUUGCGCAGCCAGAGUUUGAGUUCAAUCAAAGAACUGCUUCCAAUUUAAAAGACAGAUUUCGAGUCUGCUGCCCUGGGGCAUAUCGCGCAUCUGAUCCGAAGGAAGCCACUAAGCAGUUACAUGACAUCCUCGCCCAGGCGCUUGUCAAGCCUGGCUCUGAUGGCUCUGGUGACAAGACCAGUAAAAAACGCCCUCUACGAGGAAAAUCAGCCCAUGUCGUAUCCGAUUCGAAUCUCAGGAUUGGCAGAGCAGCCACUCGGGACCAGAAACAUUCAGCCUCAAAUAUUUCCUCAUCUACUCCCGACACCGACUUCAAUACUCACGGCAAAUCACAUCACCACACAAAGUCAACACCAAAGAAAUCCACUUCCUCAACCCUCCCCCAACCAAGCUUAGCAUCUCUCGGCGUCCCAGAGCCACAGGGCACAGUAAAAUCGCGCCGCCGUUCUCGUCGCCCAUUCACCAGUGUAGAAGACGAGUCUUUAUUGAAAGGCUACGCCGUCCACGGGUUCCAGUGGACCCUGAUAUGCCAGGAUCCGCGCCUGAAUCUCGGCCAUCGCAAAGCAACAGAUCUUCGAGAUCGGUUCCGGACUAAAUUCCCAGAUGCCUAUCGCGACGGAGGUUCUGUGAGUGGCAAGGCUCUGCACGAGCAGAGCCAGAGCCAGAGCCAGUGCCCUGCCCUGCCUGGAUCAGGGGAUCGCGAUCCUCCUGCUCCUAGCAUGGAGCAUACUCCAACAAAGAUCUCUGCAGCAUCGCAUCAUCGCUCAGAAACCAGGACCCGGCAUGCUAACCCAGGCCCUGGCGAUCCUGCCCUCUUACCUCCGCCACCACAGGGCUUCCUCGACCCGUCGGCGACUAAUGCCUCUGGCUCUGCGGGUAUGCUCUCGUUCUCGCUAGACGAAAAUACUGCCGGCACGUCUUCGGCUUUGGAGACGCCCUGGGAAGAUAAUACGCUUGCGCCCAUGCUUUGGGAUGACCUGAACUAA